AUGGCUAUUCCAAAGGAAAGAUUAUUAAAACUUUAUGGACUAUCGGCAAAAAUCUUUGAGCAAAAUUUUAAUCCUACAGGAGUAAGGACGGGUUCAUAUAUUCUUUCCAAAAGGUUGAAAGGUCCUGCAGUCGCAGGUUAUUAUGGUAACCCAGACUGGAUUAAGUUUAAGAAUUUGUCUACCUUGUUUCCAGAUGUGGAUUUUGUUGAUCCUGUUGAACAAUAUAGAUUGAACAAAGUUAGUGAUUUGAAACAUCGUGGUAAAGGUGCACCAAAAAAGACAAAGAAGAGCGACGCUACUCCUAAAAAAGGUAAGGGUAAGAAUUAG